AUGUGCAAACUACUGAUCUUCAGCUGCAUUUCAGCAGUAAUGCUUAUGACUGCAGCUUAUAGACUACCUCAACCAACAGAAAAAGUGAGCCUUCUUAAAGCUUUAAUAGGAGAUUUAAAAUCCUUGGAAAAAAGCAAAGACAAGAUUCAUCUUGACCUUUACACACCAAAUGAGAAACAGGAGUGCAGCUGGCAAACUCUACAAUGUUACCUGACAGAAAUGGACACCUUGGAGAAUGAAAUUGAAGAUAAGGAUCUUGAUAAUCUUCGAAAUAUCAAAAAGAAUCUCCAGAGCCUUAGGGACCUAACUCCCCUAGGAACUGGAUGCAAGAUCUGUGAAGCUAAUGACAAGAAGAAUUUUCCUGCAUUUCACCAAGAACUGAGAAACUUUCUGAUAUCUAUGUUAAAAUAA